UUGUAUAUUUAAAGUUCAAACGAAAACGAAAGUAUUUACAUAAAGCAUAGAGAAUGGCGUCUGCACAUCAAUCUGACGAGGAAACCUCCUCUGAAAUUGAAUCUGACAGCAGUGACGAGUCAGACACUGACGGAAGUUCAGAUGAAGAAGCUGAGUGUCAGUCAAAAGGGAAAGAGCCCUGCAAGUUCUACAACAGCGGUAAGUGCCAGGAUGGUGAUAAGUGCUCUUACUUGCACGUCUGCAAGUAUGCCCUGAAAGGAAACUGUCGCAAAGGGUCCAAGUGUAAUCUGAAACACCCCAGAGGUGGAAGACAGUCCUCCAGUGGGCGCAGGAGGACUUCAGACGGAUCAACGUCUCCUGGCCCUAAGCUAACUGAUGGCCGACGCCACCAGUGGCAGCUGAAUGAUGGACAAGUCUGGUUGGAUGUUGCUAAUGAUCACGUUAUCGAGGCCCAGUACUCGCUGCCCCACACCAAAAGCAUUCAAAUCUACAACACACCAUACGGGGCAGUGAGUAUAGAUUUCAAGAGGAUGAGUGUGUAUAGAAAGAGUCUGAAAGUGAGACGUCUGGAUGACGGGAAAACGUCUUGGAUCUGGUACUGCACUUUGAGUCGUAAGUGGAUCAAGUAUGGAGACAAGGAUUCAAAGGGCAAGGUCAGUCCUGUGAAGAGCUCAGACAUAGAGGCAAAGUUCCAGAGUAACCCAGCGAGCUCUUUUAGUUUCAACAUCGGUGCUGAUACCUGUGAGAUUAAAUUCAAAGAAAUGCAACAGGUGACUGCACAGGGGAAGAGGAAAGUUAGUCGCCGACCACUGUACCAACAACAGCCUGCAGGAGCAGCAGUUUCUCAAGCGACCUCGGCUUUCCAGAAUCUUUCUGUGAGCGCCAGAGCGCCGCAGUGGCAGUUUGAGGGAGGCAGCGGAGCGUGGCACGAGUACAAACGCAGGCAGAGAGGCACCUCAACUGAGUGUUCAACAACCAGUGAUGCUAUCGAGACGAAUUACCAGAGAAACACCAACGGCAGCAUGACCUUUAAAGUGAACGCUCACUCCUACAAGCUGGACUUCACAGCAAUGAUCCAAACCAACCUCAAAACCAAUCAGUCACGCAAGAUCAGGCGCGUGCUGGUGUGAGAAUUAAAAGAAAGUCGACAAUCAAUUGUGCAAUACCAGAUUAAUGCAAUCAUUGUAAUCUGAGAUGUUUUGAUGUGGGAGUGCACUUAAUGGUUGGCUCUACAUUAGCCGCUCUAUGUGAAGUGUUAUGCUGUGUUUACAUAUGAAAAGAAUUCAGGGUCAAAUGAAAUGAUGGCGAAGGAUUUGAAGUUUGAAGUGUUGCCUGAAGAGCUCGCCCUGAGAUUAUAUGCUGUACCAAUCUGCCUUUUGCAAAAUUAUACACACACAAAAACAUAUAUACAGGGAAUGCAAUUAGCAUGUUCCAUUUAUGCUGCCACAUAUCUACACACUACCUUUUUUUUGUGUAAAAUUGACUAAGUUAGAAUAUAAUGCCAAAAGCUGCUUCUGCACAUCUCCCUCUCAACAUCCUGGCUCUUAAAGUUUAUUCUGCUUCUUGCAUGUGACACAUAUACUUUCAAAUGUUUUAAUCUUAUUAAAUAAAGAAAAUGCAUCCAUA